CUCUCUGCGACUACUAACGCUUUUCCACAACGCUCUCCCAAUUCCCACCCCCGCUCUUUCCCGAUCCAAAACCCCCCUCGAUCCUCGUCUUAAAACCCUCGUCUCUCGAUCGAUCGCUCUCCUCCCCCUUCGCCGCCGCCUCUGAUCCAGCUCGAUCGGCUCCCGCGGCGUAGUUUGUGAUCGAUCCCUGCUUCGUUUCUCGCGAUUUUUGAUCCGUAUUUGGGAAGUACGCGAGGAACCCUAGCCUGGAUCGGUGUUAUGAGAUCGCGAGACGUGGUGAGAAGAGGUAGUGGGAACGAUGGGGCACAGCUCGAAGAAGAAGAAGAAGAGUAAGGGUGGAAGGGGCCGAGGGAGGGCUCCGUCGAAGGAUCACGCGUCGCAGUUGGACGACGAUCAGGAUGCCCUAAAUGAGGAGCUAACCGCGUUGGCUGCAAUAUUUCAAGAGGACUUCAAAAUUGUUUCAGAACUACCUCACGUGCAAUUUGAAAUAAAGCUCAGGCCUUACUCUGAUGACACUGGUUUCGAUGAUCUUAAUGUUUCGGCUCUUCUUCAUGUUAGAUGCUUACCUGGGUAUCCUCAUAAGUGUCCAAAGUUGCAAAUAGUGCCAGAAAAAGGCUUAUCCGAGAAGGAUGCUGAUCAGCUACUAGCUCUUCUUGUCGACCAGGCAAACAUUAAUGCGCGAGAAGGACGUGUGAUGAUAUUCAAUUUGGUAGAGGCUGCUCAAGAAUUUCUAUCUGAAAUUGUGCCGAAAGUCAACAAGCUGAAAUCUGUACUUCAUUUGGUUCAAAACAAGGAUCAAUCAUUUGAUGGUGAUCUAAAUGCUAGACUUGAGAAGGGUUCCCAUCCUGAGAUUCCAUGUGUUACUAGCUCAAUCGAUCUCUAUGGUGACUUCUUUGGCGAUACCACAGGUUGGGGCAGCCACGGUGCAAAAGUAGCAAAUGGGAGCUCUAAUAAAGUUUCUGAGCCACAAAGUCGACCAAUUGAUAAAAGCAAGGCGAAGAACAUCAUAUUGCAAUCCCAAAUUUCAACUGCUGCUCAGAAUAUUGCUAAAGAGAGACGCUUCCAAAAUGUGCUAGCUGAAGUGUUGCCUGGUGCGAAGUAUGGUGUUACACCCGAAGCUGAGACACAAUUAAAUGCGGUUGAGGAGGAAACUGAGAGUGCCGGCAAAUUAGCUUCUAUCAAUGAUCAAGAUUCAAUUGCUGAUACGUCGGAGAAGAGUUAUGACAGUGCACAAUAUCAGCUUGAGGACACUGACAUUGAGGAACAAGUAUGGAAAGCUGAUGGCUCUGUUUCAGAUAAUGGCUCUUCAAUGUCAUCUUUUGCAUCAGUGGCAUGUGAUGAUGCAUCUCUGAACAAGAAAAAAGAUCUUCUUUUGGUACACUUACUCCGUCUUGCUUGCUCCAAAGGAUCAUAUUCUAAUUCUCUGCCAGAAAUAUCCUCAGAGUUAUGCAAAUUUGGGAUGCUUUCAGGAUGGGCUAGAGAUUUAGUUGCUGCACCUUCUUCCAACUUUGAUAAAGCUUUUGAUCAUGCUUUUGAACAGCAUUUGAUCUCUUCACAGUUCUCUCAAUUUUGGAAAGGAGAUAGUAGUCUUACUGGUGAUGUUGCUUCAUCUAGAUCAAAUUCUCGUUAUCUAAAUGACUUUGAGGAAGUCCGCCCAUUGGGACAUGGGGGAUUUGGCCGUGUUGCAUUAUGCAAGAAUAAGCUAGAUGGACGACAAUAUGCUGUAAAAAAGAUUCGUCUCAAGGAUAGAAGCCCUCUUAAUGAGAAGAUUUUGAGAGAAGUAGCCACUCUCUCACGGUUGCAGCAUAAACAUGUUGUUCGGUACUAUCAAGCAUGGUUUGAAACCGAAUAUGGUGGUUAUCAUGGAGAGAGUGCUUUGGGAUCUAGAACCGCAGACAGCUUUAGUAGAACCUACACAGGUGUCAGCUCAAACGAUGUUACUGGAGAUAACAUGCAGGAAUCUACAUACUUGUACAUUCAAAUGGAGUAUUGUCCUAGGACUUUACGGCAAGAUUUUGAAUCAUAUAGUUCUUCUUUCGAUAAGGACUAUGUGUGGCAUUUAUUUCGGCAAAUUGUGGAAGGCCUUGCGCAUAUACAUAGUCAAGGAAUCAUCCAUCGGGACUUGACACCUAACAAUAUAUUCUUUGAUGUCCGUAAUGAUAUUAAAAUUGGGGACUUUGGUCUUGCGAAGUUUCUGAAGGAGCAGUUGGAUCAUGAUCAAUAUUUUCCUACUGAGGCAACUGGAGUUUCAACAGAUGGAACUGGUCAAGUUGGCACUUAUUUUUAUACAGCGCCUGAAGUGGAGCACAAUUGGCCACAGAUUAAUGAAAAGGUUGAUAUGUAUAGUUUAGGGAUCAUAUUUUUCGAGCUAUGGCACCCCUUUGCAACCGCAAUGGAGCGACACAUUGUUCUUUCAGAUCUUAAACAGAAGGUUAUUCCUCCUUCCUGGGCUGAAAAAUAUCCUGGUCAGGCAAAUCUGCUCCGACGCUUGACAUUCCUGGGCCCCUCUGACCGCCCGUCUGCUAUUCAGCUUCUACAACAUGAGUUGCCUCCAAGAAUGGAGGAUGAGUGGUUGAACGAUGUACUCAGAACCAUACAGGCAGCAGAGGACACAUAUGUUUACGACCGAGUUGUAUCUACCAUAUUUAAUGAGGAGAGACUGAUUAUGAAAUCGAGUCGUCAGCAUGACAGCAGUGCAAAAAUGAUGAUGAACGAGUCCUUCACACAAUCCACUGAACUAGAUACAGAAAUCCGAGACACUGUUGUUGAAAUCAGCAAGGAAGUCUUUAAAAGACAUUGUGCAAAGAGAUUGGAGAUAUCACCUUUGAACAUCUUGGAUGGCAGUUAUCCAUUUAAUAGGAAGUCAGUGAAGCUUUUAACCCAAGGAGGAAAUAUUCUUGAGCUCCGCCAUGAGUUACGGACACCAUUUGUUACUUGGAUCGCAACAAACCAGCAAUCAUCUUUCAAACGUUACGAAGUCUCUUCGGUUUAUAGAAGAGCAGUUGGUCAUUCAACUCCUAGUCGCUUCCUUCAGGGCGAUUUUGACAUCAUUGGAGGCACUUCACCAAUAACAGAGGCUGAAGUUAUUAAGGUGGUAAUGGAUAUUGCAACCCGCUUUUUUCAACCAAAUGCAAUAGACAUUCGACUCAAUCAUGGCCAAGUGUUGGAAUCAAUUUGGUCUUGGGUUGGAAUUACUCGUGAGCUUCGGCAGAAUGUAGCAGAGCUUUUGUCCUUGAUCGGCCCAUUAUGUCCUCACUCUACAGGUCGAAAGUCAAAUUGGAAAUUCAUUCGACGACAGCUUCUACAGGAUCUUAAUCUUUCCGAAACAGUUGUUGAUAGAUUACAGAUAGCAGACUUGAGGUUCUGUGGAUCUGCAGAUCAGGCCAUUGCUAGAUUGAGAGGGGCCCUUUCAUUCGAUAGGCUUACAUGCAAGGCUCUUGAAGAAUUGUCUGCCCUUCUAAGCUAUUUGAGGGUGUGGUCAAUUGAGCAGCAUGUUUCUAUUGAUGUUCUCAUGCCUCCUACAGAAGUUUACCAUAGCAGCCUAUUUUUCCAGGUUUACCUAAAAGAGAGUCUUCCUGGAUCAAGUACUGAGGCAACCUUGCUAGCUGUUGGCGGCCGAUACGAUCAUCUGAUGCAGCAAUAUUGGGAUCAGCAUAUAUCUGGCCAGAAAACUAAUCCAUCGGGUGCAGUUGGAGUUAGCAUCGCAUUGGAGAAAAUUCCUAUGCAUUGUUCGGUAGAUAUCAGGCCGCCAAGGAUUGAACCCAGCAUUAGUGUGCUUGUCUGUUCAAGAGGUAGUGGCGGACUGCUACUUGAGCGCAUGGAGUUUGUCGCAGAACUUUGGCAAGCCAACAUAAAGGCAGAGUUUGUUCCCCAGCCAGACCCAAGCCUCAAAGAACAGUACGAAUAUGCAAGUGACCAUGAUAUCAAAUGUCUUAUCAUUAUUACUGAAGCUAGUCUAUCUCAAACAGAAAUGGUAAAGUUUCGACAUCUUGAGCUGAAGAAAGAGAAGGAGGUUAAGAGAGAGGACAUUGUAAAGUUUCUGUUGGAGGCAAUAUCAACACAAUUCAGAAACCUUGCAAACUGGAGUUGAUUUUGUUUGCAUUUUUGGCGAAGUUUUCUUCCAGAUUCCUCGCCCAGAGCUGUAAAUAUUGUAAAUCAUGUAACCAGAAGCACACGGGAAUGCAAUGAAAUCGAGACACAAAGACCUAGUAAGGAGCUGCUGCUGCUGCUGCUGCUUCUUCUCUGCUGAUGCUAAUCGAAUUUCCUGUAGAUAUAGCAAUUUUGAUGCUCUUUGCUGCUUCAGAUUGGCUCUUUUCAUUUACAAGGGUGAUUUAAUUCUUUGUUUCGAUUAAAAACAAUGUAGAUGGGGUGCAAAAAGCUCUCCUUUUUGAGUGUGAUUAGGGACAGUUACUAUCUAUCAUGAGAAGUUGUUUGAGAUGUUGCAAUCUCUGUCCAUGUAAUUUGUUGCGCUAUCUCGACAGAAACCUUCUCCAAA